CGACUUUGACUGUCGUGAAAAUCCCAUCUCCUCGUCCAUGUGAUGCUACAGGCUGAAGUAGUCUUCUCGAGUGGGCUUGAGAGUGUCAGUGUGUCAGCGAAGGUGUUGCGUGGACCUCUUGUUAGCAGACAAAACCCCGUCCUGCAAACAUGGAGGGAGCCGACGAGUUUAUGAAAUACCGUUCACCACUGGUGUCCAGAUAUGCCAGCAAGGAGAUGGCCUACAAUUUCAGUGACAGGAAGAAGUUCACCACCUGGAGGAAGCUGUGGAUCUGCCUUGCAAAAGCUGAGAAGGCUUUGGGCCUGCCCAUCACGGACGCCCAGAUCCAGGAAAUGGAGAGCCAUGCAGAGGACAUUGACUUUGCCAUGGCAGCUGAAGAAGAACGUAAACUCAGACAUGAUGUCAUGGCUCACGUCCACACCUUUGCACAUUGCUGCCCUGCUGCUGCACCCAUCAUUCAUCUCGGAGCCACCUCAUGCUAUGUUGGAGAUAAUACUGAUCUCAUUAUGCUUCGCGAUGGAUUUGACAUCCUCUUGCCUAAACUGGCGAGGGUCGUUGACAGGCUGGCAAACUUUGCAGAGAAAUACGCUGACCUUCCCACGCUUGGCUUCACACACUACCAGCCUGCCCAGCUGACCACUGUGGGGAAACGAGCAUGUCUGUGGCUGCAGGACUUGGCGAUGGAUGUGCGGAACCUGCAGCGAGCCCGUGAUGACCUCCGUUUCAGGGGGGUCAAGGGGACCACUGGCACCCAGGCCAGCUUCUUGCAGCUUUUUCAGGGGGACCAUGACAAGGUGGAGGAACUUGACAGGAUGGUGACGGAAAUGGCUGUCUUCAAAAAAGCCUACUUGGUGACUGGACAGACGUACAGCCGUAAAGUGGACAUUGAUUGUCUGUCCACCCUGGCCAGUUUGGGAGCUACUGUCCACAAGAUCUGCACAGACAUCCGCCUGCUGGCCAACCUGAAGGAGAUCGAGGAGCCUUUUGAGAAAGAGCAGAUCGGAUCCAGUGCCAUGCCCUAUAAGAGGAACCCCAUGCGUGCAGAGCGCUGCUGCAGCUUGGCCCGGCAUCUGGUGGCGCUGAUGGCUGACCCGCUGCAGACGGCCUCGGUCCAGUGGCUGGAGAGGACGCUGGAUGACAGCGCCAACAGGAGGAUCUCUCUGCCAGAGUCCUUCCUGACAGCAGACAUCAUCCUCAGCACCCUGCAGAACAUCACAGAGGGGCUGGUGGUCUACCCAAAAGUCAUCGAGAGACACAUCCGCCACGAGCUUCCCUUCAUGGCCACAGAGAACAUCAUUAUGGCCAUGGUGAAGGCUGGGGGAAACAGACAGGACUGCCACGAGAAGAUCCGCGUUCUGUCCCAGGAGGCAGCGGCGGUGGUUAAACAGGAGGGGGGUGACAACGACCUGCUGGCCAGAGUCCAGCGAGACCCUUACUUCACGCCCAUCCUGGGUCAGCUGGACGCCCUACUGGACCCUAAGACCUUUAUUGGCCGUGCUCCUCAGCAGGUUGCCAGGUUUCUGUCUGAAGAAGUGCGCCCUCUGCUGGAGCCAUACAAGGCCAAGAUGGAUGUCAAGAUUGAACUUGAGCUGUGAUCACAAGCAGGGAGAGAGUUUGAAUGUACCUCAAUAAUAAAAACCCGCUACUGACUGAA